AUGGCAUUGACAUCAUUUGGCAAUUUCGGUCCUCGAGUUGGUUCUUUGACAACACGUGAUCCUUAUUGGGGGGAUACAUUUUAUGACGAUGCCUUAUCUCGUUUUCGUCGGGAUGUUGACAGGAUCCUGAAUGAUUUUCGAUCUGACGCUUUUAAUGCUGGAAGAUGGUCAAACAAUUUAUGGAGUCCUACAACCUAUCGAUCAGAUGUUACUUUUCAACCUCGCGUUGAUGCCCGAGACGUUGGAGACGCUUUUGUCGUGCAUGCCGAACUUCCCGGAGUUCCGAAAGAGAAUAUCAACCUCGAUAUUCGUGGUGACAAUCUCAUAAUUAGUGGUGAAUCUUCACGCGAUGAUUCUUAUGAUACCGGUACAGGAUACGUUCGUGAACGUUCCUUCGGUCGUUUCUCGAGAACUAUCCCUUUGCCAUUUAAUGUUAAUACGGAAAAAGGUGAAGCUAAAUAUGACCGAGGUGUUCUAGAAAUCAAGAUGGUAGACAUUGCAUUAAAUCUCGCAGAUGAAUAUUUUCUUGAUGACAUUUACGCUCGCUUUUAUCCAAUUACAGAUAAUACCACUACUACAAAUUUACAAAGUGCACUUCCACAAUUAAUGAAACAUCCAAAAUUUUUGAAAAAUCAAAUACGUAAAGAGAUAAAACUUUCUACUACAGGAUUCCCAGUCACCACUUUGGUAACGGUUCCUUGGUUUCUUGGUGAAGUUAGAGGCUAUUCAAAAUUAUAUGAUAAUAUUAAUGAUUAUGGAAUAUUAUAUGGAAUAUUUUCAAUCGUACUAUUUUUAUUCUUUACUGAUAUGUUUCCAACACCGUUUUCAUCUCAUGCCUUUCAUCCACUUGACGGAUAUUUGCAAUCAUGUCCAUAUCAUCUAUUUGUCUAUUUAUUUCCUUUGCAAAAAAUCAUUUAUAUAGGUUUAUUUGUGUUUGUUAAUUUAUGGACAAUCAUGAUUCAUGAUGGUGAAUAUAUAUCAUCCGGAUCAUUUAUCAAUGGUGCUGCACACCAUACACUUCAUCAUUUGUAUUUUAAUUAUAAUUAUGGUCAAUAUUUUACAAUUUGGGAUAAAAUUGGUGGAAGUCAUCGAUUUCCAGGUGAUGAACAGUUUGAUAUUAAAAAGAAACGAGAUAAAAAAGUUUGGGAAAAACAAGCUAGCGAGGUUGAUACAUUUGAUGAGUAUGGAAAAGAGAAAAAAAAAAUUAACUGUGAGUAUUUAAUUCUAUUAUUUGAUAUUUAUUGA